AGAUCCUGCAACUUACAUUAACAGUGGCCCAUUAAAAAUUACUCUGAUCCGAUUUCCAGUGAAAUAAGCGUAAACAGAUAGCACUUCUGGCGCAAUGGAUGUGUAUGUUCAGAACGCGUCGAAGAAUGACUUUUGAUGCUGGCGCAGCGUUCUUUUUCUCUGAAGGCACCAGUGCCGGAGUGUGUUUCAAGGGCGUAAAACUAAACAACAAUCUCAACUCGAAACGAUCGUCUGCUUAUUUUUUUCUCUUGCUCUGUAGGUCGACUUCCAGGGCGGGGCCGGUUGGUCGUCGCUGGAGGGACGUUCGAUAAACGAAUGGAAGGGUGAAGUGAAGUAAAGAACAAAACACGACUAGGGGGUGGGAUUUCAAAAGCAAAAGCCUCCCGACUGCCGUUG